GGAAUUCGACAAGCGCGUGCGAGAGCUCGGCGUUGAGGAUGUGUUUGCGAUGAAAGGAAAAAAUACGUUCUUUAUCCCCGUCGAUUCGGCGCUCAACUACCUUCACAUCAUCGACCAGGUGAUCGAACCGACCGUGACGCGCGCGCAGCCCAACGCGUCGUCGGCGGCGGCGGCCACGUUCCUCAACCCCGACGCCCAGCGCCUUCUGCUGAAGCCGAGGCUCUACGGCAUCGUCGACCGAUACGCUGUCUCGGAAUUCGACAAGCGCGUGCGAGAGCUUGGCGUCGAGGAUGUCUUUGCGAUGAAGGGAAAAAAUACGUUCUUUAUCCCCGUCGAUUCGGCGCUCAACCCCAACGGAACCCACAAGGACAUGAUCGACAAGCAAGUGGUACAUGGCCACGUGGUCCCCAAUCGCGUGUUAUUCACGAGGACAGUGACGAGCUCCUCUAACCAGUACGAGAGUCUCGCCUUCACCGACAACUUGAAGGUUUUCAUCACCAUGGAGAAUGUGACAGUCGCCGAGGGCGGAGAGAUGGCCUACUAUGUCAAGAGCAACACCAUAGCCAGCGACGUGUCCCACAAGAAGGGAACUGUCCUCGCGAGAAUAAUUAAGGGGAACGUUCCAGUCAGGAAUGGUGUCGUUCACUUCAUCGACCGUUCACUGAUGGUUGUUACGUCGAGCAUCAUGCUGUAUCUGCAGGAAAAGGACGGCCAGCUGAGCAAGUUUUACCAGCUCAUGAAGGAACAUUACCCCGAAUUGACGUAUAAGCUUGUUUCCCAAGAUGAACACACUCUCUUCGCUCCGUCCAACGAGGCCUUCAAUAUGGUGAACACGAAGAGACUCAAUGAGGUUAUCCUAAACAGCGAGCGACUGGCCAGGCUGCUUAAACUUCACGUCAUCAACAGGCGACUGACAACGGAUGAGAUUGUGGAUCACAGCACGAGGGAGACCGUCUAUGAGAAGCUCGGCUCGGACCCCAUGCUCAGACCCUCUAUGAGGGAAACUGGGUCGGGCCCCCUGCCCCAGCUCCCCUUUUUCCCCCGAGUGAAAAGGGAGGGCAAACGGCCCGCUGAACGAGACGAGAAUUUUACGCUGUUCGUGCCCCGCAAAAACCCGGCUUGGAUUUCCCUCAAAAAGAACCUGCGUCGGCUCACAAAGCUGUUCAUGGGCGAAUUCUCUUACCAUGUUCGAUACAUCCUGGAGCGGCACAUGAUCGUGGGCGAGGCCUUCAGCCUGGAGCAGCUGGCAGCCCUCACCACCAACUCCACCAUAAGGGGGGGAUUCCAGCACGAGAGGCUGCAGAUGACCCGGGGCAAGAUUUACUUCCAGGCUAAGGUCAAGCAGAGCUAUGGAGAUGUCGGAAAUCUUACUGAAAUGGAAGCAGAAUUGCCAAUGCCAGAAUACUACGUGGAGUGGAACGGCAUCCGGGCCAAGGUGGUCCGGCCGGACGUGGAGUGCGUCAACGGGAUCGUCCACGUUAUCGACGGGGUCCUGAUGGUGAACAGGGACGUCACGGUGGCCGGGUCCAGCGCGAGGCCCUCGACCUGUGGUAUCCUGGUGCUGGUGUUGGCCUUGGGGCUUGUUCUCUUGGGGAGGGAGUGAGUGGGGACAGGAAAGAGGAAGAUGGAGAGAGAGAGGAGGAUGAAGAAAAGGAGGAAGAUGGAGAGAGAAGAGGAUGAAGAAAAGGGAAGGAGGAAGAUGGA